GUGAAUUUCGCCGCCACGGACGUGGAAGAAGCUUUGCGCUUGUCGUUUGGAGGAAAUGAAGUUCUAGGGGCACCCAGCCCAGUGCCGGUUGCGCCGGCUUUACGAUGCACGAUGCUGCUGAGCAGUUUGUUCUUCAGCGUUUUCCUGGCAGUCAUUUUGUUGCGGAUGAGCCGGUUUGUGGCGAGUGUGAGAGAGGUGGCCGCUGCUUGUAUCGAAGCUCGCUUGGUGAAGGCAACGGAGGCUUUGUCAUUGGUCCCGGUUAUUGCCAUACUAAUGAUUGGGACGCGGCUGCGUGCGGUGCAGUUGGCAGGAAAUGCGUUGGGCGCACCCCCCAUGUGGGCACAGCUGUGCAUGUAUGGUGCGACCCUCGCCUGCUUUGUUCGAUUCAUCGCGGACGUUUCGUCAGUCCGACAUAGUGACUCCGAAGUUCAGGACACCAUUACGACUGCGAUGAUUGGUGUGCGCCACACUGCCACUGCUUUUCUGUUCCUGUGCUGUGGCGCCAUCGUGUUGAGCACCGUCACCAUGCAGGCACAGACUGGCAUCAGCGAGCCACUGGGACCAUCCAUGCACUGUACACUUGCACUGGUGUUGUCGUAUCUGGUCGAGAGUGGCAUCCGGGAGAUCGUGGCCGCCCCCCGCAAACUUCGCAAAAUGGAGGAUCCCCCAUAUGGCGCGGUUUCACCGAUGUCGAGCCCGGACUUGGAAGAAGAUCCGCUUGUGCUUCCUACGCGAACCUCGCUGCAGUUUCCGCCCAUGCUGUGUGUAUUGUUGGUGGCGAUUCUUUUGCGGGCGGUGCAGCUUCAACUGGAGACCAGGCCGUGGGCAGCUUUUGCCAUGUAUACGACCACAGUUGCCACCAUCGCGCAGGCGGCACGGUCAAUCUAUGCAGCUAUCCACAAUCAGGAACUCCCGAAAACGAGCUUGCUGGGUGAUGAAGCUGCUGGACCUGCAUUCUCGCCGAAUGGGGCAUUGGACCGACAGUCGCUGGGUGUCUUCUGGGCGGCCACUACAUGCUGCAUCUAUGUCGGAACAGUUGUGGUGCUUCUCAGCGUUGCAGCGAUGGAGUCCAAGGGCCCGUCGCCGGAAGUUUCCUCGAGCCCUCCCCUCUCAACAGCCAUGAAGUGUGUUAUGACCCUGACUGUUGUCUACUACCUCGCCUACCUGGCGCUAGUGGUCGGCAAUUUCAUGCGGCACACGAUGGGUUCCUGGGCCGUCAACUCUGCUGGGGGAGUUCAGCGCAGUUUGGCCUUCGCACCGAUGCUUUGCGUGAUGAUGAUAGGCUGCCGUCUGCGUGCCAUGCAAAUUGGCGUUCGCGAUCCACCCUACUGGGCACAAUGCAGCAUGAUGGUCGCCACGGCGGCUGUUCUGAUCCAGGUGAAGUGCAGUCUCGUUUCCGAGAGCGAGUUGAUCACCGAGAAGUUGAACGACAGGGAUGUGGCGACAAAGCUGGCGGUUCUUCUGAUCCUCGCUUUGCGCUAC